AUGAUCCACCGCGAAGUAGCCGAUGGUCUAGAGCGUCUUUGGAACGUAAGAGUAAACUGCAUAUGGGAAGCCGAUGAAAGUAGUCGCCAUGGAGAGGUUUAUAUAUUCGACCAUGUAUUUAAGCAGGAAUGUACAAAUUCAGAUGUAUAUGGAUCUGUAGUAAAACCUUUAGUCGAUUCCUUCAUGGAAGGUUUCAAUGCCACAAUAUUUGCAUAUGGCCAAACAUCUUCUGGCAAAACACACACCAUUUUGGGCAAUAAAACAGAUCCUGGGCUUUUCCAAUUAGUAUCCAAUCAGUUAUUCCAGCAUGUGGCAGACCAGGUUGAUAAGAGGUACUUGAUUAGAUGCAGUUAUAUUGAAAUCUACAAUGAAAAGAUCAAUGACCUCCUGGAUAAGAGCAAUCAGGGUUUAACUAUAAGAGAAGAUAUCAAAGGAAAUGUGCUGCUUGAUGCAAGGGAAGCUGUCGUAGACAAUGUUGAUAAAGUUAUGGAGAACAUGAUGCAGGGCAAUAAGAUCAGACGAGUUGCAGCUACUCGCAUGAAUGAGAGGUCAUCUCGAUCACACACGAUUUUCCGGAUUAUUCUGGAGUCGAAAGAUGCCAAUCAGAAAGAUGGACCUGUACAUAUAAGCUACCUUAACUUAAUGGACUUAGCUGGUUCUGAGAGAGUUUCUCUGACGAAAGCUGCUGGUGAGCGUCUUAAAGAGGGGGCUAACAUAAACAAAUCUUUGUCAGUAUUAGGAAAUGUGAUAAGGCAACUAAGCGAGGGGAAGGAGUUUAUCAGUUAUCGCGAUUCGAAAUUGACUAGACUGCUCUCACAGGCUCUUGGCGGAAAUGUGCUGCUUGAUGCAAGGGAAGCUGUCGUAGACAAUGUUGAUAAAGUUAUGGAGAACAUGAUGCAGGGCAAUAAGAUCAGACGAGUUGCAGCUACUCGCAUGAAUGAGAGGUCAUCUCGAUCACACACGAUUUUCCGGAUUAUUCUGGAGUCGAAAGAUGCCAAUCAGAAAGAUGGACCUGUACAUAUAAGCUACCUUAACUUAAUGGACUUAGCUGGUUCUGAGAGAGUUUCUCUGACGAAAGCUGCUGGUGAGCGUCUUAAAGAGGGGGCUAACAUAAACAAAUCUUUGUCAGUAUUAGGAAAUGUGAUAAGGCAACUAAGCGAGGGGAAGGAGUUUAUCAGUUAUCGCGAUUCGAAAUUGACUAGACUGCUCUCACAGGCUCUUGCGCAUGUGGCAGACCAGGUUGAUAAGAGGUACUUGAUUAGAUGCAGUUAUAUUGAAAUCUACAAUGAAAAGAUCAAUGACCUCCUGGAUAAGAGCAAUCAGGGUUUAACUAUAAGAGAAGAUAUCAAAGGAAAUGUGCUGCUUGAUGCAAGGGAAGCUGUCGUAGACAAUGUUGAUAAGUUAUGGAGAACAUGA